AUAACUUGUUCUAAUAUUAAUGGUGUUUGACUUGCCAAUUGUCUGAUAAUUGUCAUUUUUUAUGUUAUUUAAACCAGUUUAUUAGGGCUAAUGCUAAUAAUUUUACUCAUGUAUUUGUUGUAAGCCUUCGAAUUUUGAAGCAUUAACCGCAAACAGUCGCAUUACACUCAGCCAUCAAGACCUCUCUUCGACUUGAUAAGGAAGAGUGAUCAGUGAAGCACCUCCCUGGUCCGCCAUCUCUACGGCCACAGCCAUGUCCGUAGAGGCUUCUGAACACCGCCACGUGGCUUUCUUGAAGCCCCCCAGCGAGCCUGAAGAAGUGGACGACGAUGCGGCGCAGCUUCCGCAGUCGUCGGAUGACGAGGCGGGCGACACGCCCACCGCCUUCGCUGGCGGCGCGCGGCGACUGCGGCAGGGCAGCGAGGCCGACCCCCCCGCACUACACAUGGAGUUCACGCGCUGGCGGGAGGCGGUGGUGGUGGUGUGUCUGCUGUUCUACGUGUCUGACCUGCUGCUCGAUGGCUUCGUCGUCAGAGAGUUCCUCUUGAAUGGCGACAUCAGGCAGGCGUGGUUCACCGGGUUCUGCAUGAUGGUUCCGAACUUCUACGCCGGGUACAAGUCCCUGCAGUGUACUGCGUGUGGUGGUGUUGCUCAGGUGAGCCUCCUGCUCAGAUACUAUCACGUGCUGCGCUACGGCUACAACUCGCGUGCGGCCGCGGAGGCGGGCGACGGGCGGCGGCAGCGGCAGCUGAUGACGCAGUUCUUAGCGGAGAGCGCCGAGGUCGCGAUGCUGAGACUCUUCAUAAUCUUCCUCGAGGACGCGCCGAUUUGCGUCCUGAACCUGACGCAGGUCUUUCUGACGCGCCCUGAGGACAUCGCGCACGUUGGGUUCGCUUUGGGUGUGGUAAUAGCGAAGCUGUCGUGCAGCAUCACCCUCGGUGUGGUGCACUACGUUUCUCUCACCAAAAUCGCCUACCACGCAAGUCUCUACGAGAUCACACUGUCCCUCCAGGCGCCUCGGUCCCGCAAGCAGAUGUCGUACGGAUCAGACAAGGUUUCAGGCAGCACGUGCAACACUCGCUUGGUCGCCUCCCGCACCAGCAGACGGGAGCUGAAGCGCAAGAAUUCACCACUUCUACCGACGCUGCCGAGCCUUGAAGACUUCCAGAAGCGCGCAGACUUCUCCCCGCUAGCGUAUCUCUGCUUCUACCUCUGGCAGAUCACCAACGUUGGGUCACGACUGGUGCUGUACUCGCUGUUCGCCAGCGUGCUGAUGCAGUGGGUGCUGCUGCUGGCGGCGGUGCGCUGGAUCAUCAACACGGUGCUCAUCCUCGUCGACAACCCCAACCUGUCGCUCGCAAACUGCGGCUACUUCGGCGGCGUCUACCUCUUCACCUUCGUCUCCACGUCCACGGCGCAGCAGUACAUUCGCCUGAUGCUGUACUAUGCGCUGAACGCCAUCGAGUGCACGGCGGUGGCGGUGAUCUGGUGGACCAACGAGCCUGAGGUGCUCUACCACGUGAUGGGCUUCAGCCUUCUGCUGGGGGGGACGGGUAUGAGCGUCCUGCUGAUGCUGCUCUACUACGGCGUGGCGCACCCUAACAGCAGAGACACUUGGGGCCGCAAAUGGUGUCGCAAGAUCACGAGUGGAGAGGUUGAGAGCAGCGACUUGUAGUGAACAAAGUCUUAUGAGGUCCUCGCUUUGACAGGCUCAACGGUGAGGUCAUCAAUUAAUUUAUAACGUGGAGAACUAGUCCAAUGUCAGUGUUUAUGUUGAAUGUAUUUAGCUGUACCAAAUGACAGUGCAACAAUUAGAUCAUGUGGGUUGAUUUCUUAAGACCUGGUAGAUUUGCCAACAGAGGCAUUCCGCCAGGUAGGAAUGGACAGAGUAUUGAACGAGCCCUCUAAUGCAUCUGCAACUUUUUCAAUAUUGCCAAUGCAUAACAGAACAAGACCAUGGAUAAAAUAUUUAAAACAUCCAACAGAAUUUCAUAUAUUUUAUUAGAAAUUGCAUACUGCAAAAUACACGUUUACUUUUGUCAA